GUAGAACUUUAGACUUCAUAGUACUGAAUUAACCUGCACUGAAAGCUGUUUACCUGCAGUUGUUCACUUUUGUUGAAAGUGACCAUGUCUCAAGUUCAAGUGCAAGUUCAGAACCCAUCUGCCGCUCUCUCAGGGAGCCAAAUACUGAACAAGAACCAGUCUCUUCUCUCACAGCCUUUGAUGAGUAUUCCUCCUACUACUAGCUCUCUGCCCUCUGAAAAUGCAGGUAGACCUAUUCAAAACUCUGCUUUACCCUCUGCAUCUAUUACAUCCACCAGUGCAGCUGCAGUUCCUUCUAGCAUGGCACACCCCAAAGAGAAAACCCCAAUGUGUCUUGUGAAUGAGUUAGCCCGUUUCAACAAGAUUCAGCCUGAGUAUAAGCUUUUGCGUGAGCAAGGUCCGGCUCACUGUAAGUGGAAGCCGUGCACUGAGGGAAUCCUGAAGUUAAGACCUACAAGAAAAAUCAGCUGUGAAGACAGCAUAACCCCUACUGUAGAGCUAAAUGCACUGUGCAUGAAACUUGGAAAAAAACCAAUGUAUAAGCCUGUUGACCCUUACUCUCGGAUGCAAUCCACCUAUAACUACAAUAUGAGAGGAGGUGCUUAUCCCCCAAGGUACUUUUACCCAUUUCCAGUACCGCCCUUACUUUAUCAAGUUGAACUUUCUGUGGGAGGACAGCAAUUUAACGGGAAAGGAAAGACGAGACAGGCUGCGAAACAUGAUGCUGCUGCGAAAGCUUUGAGGAUCCUGCAGAAUGAGCCCCCGCCAGAGAGGCUGGAGGUGAAUGGGAGAGAAUCAGAAGAAGAAAAUCUCAAUAAAUCUGAAAUAAGUCAAGUGUUUGAGAUUGCACUUAAACGGAACUUGCCUGUGAAUUUUGAGGUCGCCCGGGAGAGUGGCCCGCCCCACAUGAAGAGCUUUGUGACCAAGGUGUCAGUUGGGGAGUUUGUGGGGGAAGGUGAAGGGAAAAGCAAGAAGAUUUCAAAGAAAAAUGCUGCUAUAGCUGUUCUUGAAGAGCUGAAGAAGUUACCACCUCUGCCUGCAGUUGAGCGGGUGAAGCCCCGAAUCAAAAAGAAAACAAAACCCAUAGUCAGGGUACAGAGCGGCCCGGAACAUGGCCAGGCGAUGAAUCCCAUUAGCAGACUCGCCCAGAUCCAGCAGGCAAAAAAGGACAAGGAGCCGGAGUACAUGCUUCUCACAGAGCGAGGCCUCCCGCGCCGCAGGGAGUUUGUGAUGCAGGUGAAAGUGGGAAAUCAUACUGCAGAGGGAAUGGGCACCAAUAAGAAGGUAGCCAAGCGCAACGCGGCUGAGAACAUGCUGGAGAUUCUUGGUUUCAAAGUCCCACAAGCUCAGCCCACCAAACCAGCGCUCAAAUCAGAGGAUAAGACACCUAUAAAGAAACCAGGGGAUGGAAGAAAAGUAACCUUUUUUGAACCUGGCUCUGGGGAUGAAAAUGUGACUAGCAAUAAAGAGGAUGAAUUUAGGAUGCCUUAUCUUAGUCAUCAGCAACUGCCUGCUGGAAUUCUUCCCAUGGUGCCCGAGGUGGCCCAGGCCGUAGGAGUCAGUCAAGGACAUCACACCAAAGAUUUUACCAGGGCAGCUCCGAAUCCUGCCAAGGCCACGGUAACUGCCAUGAUAGCCCGUGAAUUGUUGUAUGGGGGCACCUCGCCCACAGCCGAGACCAUUUUAAAGAAUAACAUCUCUUCAGGCCACGUACCCCAUGGACCUCUCACAAGACCCUCUGAGCAGUUGGACUAUCUUUCCAGAGUCCAGGGAUUUCAGGUUGAAUACAAAGACUUCCCCAAAAACAACAAGAACGAAUUUGUAUCUCUUAUCAAUUGCUCCUCUCAGCCGCCUCUGAUCAGCCACGGUAUUGGAAAGGAUUUGGAGUCCUGUCAUGACAUGGCUGCACUGAACAUUUUAAAGUUGCUCUCUGAGUUGGACCAACAAAGUACAGAGAUGCCAAGAACAGGAAAUGGACCAAUGUCUGUGUGUGGGAGGUGCUGAACCCCUUCUGGCCAUGAACCAUUAUAAAAUCCCCAACAUAUACUGAAAAUACUGAGACUGCUUUUGAAAAUUUGGAAUUUCUGAUACCUCCAGUGGGCCGAGAGACGCGAUGGGUAAAGAACUGGAGACAGCAGUGGUGACCAGGGCGGGAGGCUGUGGCCGCUUGCACGUGCUGUGGCCGGUCCCCACACUGCAGCAGCUGCUUUGGGGGAAGGCGGGCUCAGUUGUGAAGCCAGCAGGUCCGUGCCCCAGGCACUUCAGUGCUUGGUUUUGGGUUUUUUGGUUGGUGUAUUUUUUGCUGUGUGAAAGAAGAAAGCAGAAAGCAUGACCCCUUCUCAGACUGGCCCACUCAAACACUUUGGGACAAAUCCUGGACGUCCACGCCGGAGAGAGGCCUUAGACCAGCCGGCCCAGAGCUGCAAGCACCAGAGAAAAAUCACAUGCUUCCUACUCAGCGCGAGCUAACCUUUCCAGCGCGCUAUGGCUCACCGCCUCCGUGGUUCUCACACCAUCACCACUGCUUUCUCUUCCAAAAGAGAUACAUAUUCUUAGUUUUAUUAUUUUCUUUUGAUUGAAAUGACACUAUAUAAAUUUUCAUUUGAGUUUCUCAAUUGUAUCUAGUUACAUAGCACAGUUUAGAAACUUAUGAGACUGACUUUAUCAGUAAUUUAACCGGCAAAAAUUAAAUCCAUGUGUAUGUGGUUAUACCUUUUUAUUCUAUUGGACUAACCCAGGACCAUUUCAGUUAUGCAAAUUGUGUGCCCUCUGGUUUAGCUGAAACAGUCCUGGACUUCUCAGAAACUUUGAUGAAGUUUCCCACAGUUGUAUAAAUUGGACAAUUUAGGAAUUUUAAACUUUAAACGAUCAUUUGGCUCCUUUUCUAUUUCAUUUUUGUUAAUGCAACAGAACUUAAAUGAACUUUGAUCUCUGUUUUAAAAGUUAUUAAAAUCGUGUAUAUAUACCUAUGGCUCUUGAGAACACAUAGCUUUCACUACACUACAGGACGUGAUCUCCAUGUAGUACAUAUGAAACUGCGGAUUGGUUUCCCCGAGUGCUUUAUACUGUUGAUUGCAUCUCCAUGUAGGGCUGAAAAGAAUGACAUAUCUAUGUGUAUUUCUAAAACUGUGUUGCUUUUGAUGUUGUGUUACUGUGCACAGAAGUGUGUGCGGUAAGCUUCUGCACAUGGUCCAGCUGGAAAGCACGGUAGCCUAGCAAGUACUGCUUCGAUUCAUUGUUUACGCUGGAAUUUUUUCUCCCCAUGGAAUGUAAGUAAAACUUAGUGUUUGUCACCAAUAAAUGGUAAUACUAAA